CAAGUGGUGCUUUGCAAAUAAAUUUUCACGUUGGGGAGAAAUCCGAUGAAAGGUCAGACAUGUUGGAAUGUCCAGUUUGUGGGGCAUUUGCUGCUUCAACAGUGAAUGCGUUGAAUGCUCAUGUUAAUAGCUGCCUUGCUCAAGCAUCUAGACAAGAGAGGCGCCAAAUGAGGACGCUAAUUAGGCCUACAAAAUCAAGAACCCCCAAGAAGCGUUUCAUCACUGAGAUUUUUGCCGUGGCUCCUGAGAUCCAGAAGGUUGAUCAUGAUUCAAAGAAAAAGAAAGUGGCAAUCGUGAAAAAGUUGAUGAACAAAAGGAGGAAGUUGAAGAAGAAGAAGAAGAAGAAUAACAAGCAAAAUGGGCUGAUGAUUGUUAACAAGGAAAAUGGUACCAAGCUGAAGCUGCAAACUCCUGUCAAUUUCAAGAGAAAAGCAAAUACACUGUGCAAUAGGGGCUCGAAUGCCAUUGCUGUCCUUGGAAAGAAACCAAGUCUGAAAUGCAUGUCUGCAAAAAAGAAAAGCAAGGUGGUUCAAGCAUCGCAGCUAAUUGUAGAGUGUGAAAAGUCAUGUUCGCCUGUUUGUGGCAUUCUCAAGAACCCGGCCAAAUGUACUUCUGGGCAAAAUGCUGUAACAUGCAAUUCGAGGGCCACUACUCUAGCAAGCCCCAGUGGCAUCCAACCUUCAGCCAGGCAUGUCAGUUUCUCAGGUAAGGAUGACAUACUUGGUCCACAUAAGAAACAUGUUGCUUCAUUCGAGGAAAAUAUCUGCCAUGUUGAUUCGGAUUCACAUGAGCUGUUGGAGAAAGGCCACGAGAAUUAUGAUGAUAAAGAAUUUCAGACUAUAGAGAUAAACACAAGUGACGAUGAGGAUGUUUUUUUAGCACAGAAAAUGAGAUUAAGGUGCAAGAUGCAAAGGAGAAGCAACUGUGGCCUGAUAUGCAUUAUAAUGCUGAUAUAUCAAAAUUUCUCGGACCUGGUGUCUUGGUGCAGGAAAAAGCAAAUAAUUUUUCAAAUCGAUCUUUGCGCCCAGGUCAAGUCGUAUUAGAUUCUGAUAAUUUGCAUAUGUCUAACCAAGGUAAUCAAACUGCAUUUCUUAGCUCUCCGUAUGCUGUGGCUCCUAGACACUUCUCUGCAGUGAAAGAGAUCCCGAAUCCAUUUGCCAACUCUCAAGUAGGUGGCGGUGUUUCAACAACUUUGAAAUGCAGUUCCCAAUUUGUUGAUUAUUUCGGAGAUCGCACCCAGGAAGUUGUUAUAAGUUCUUCUAAGGCAAAUCCGAGGGCAUCUUUGCUUCCUUCAUCAUCUGGUUUUGCUUCGAGUAAAAACGCAAAUGGAACUUCUCACUUUCCAUCACAAUUCACUUCACAAAAUAUUUCUGGUCAUGCUUUGUCUCAUCAGCUAGUGUAUCGGCCAACCCCUAGUGAACUGAGGGGGAGGUUGUGUACCUUCCCGGACCAUGAAUGGAAGGAAGUUGCCUUAAGAGAAAAGCGCAGGAACGAGGAUUUUUUUGGCUUGCCUCUAAAUUCACUAGUUGAACUAGUGCAGAACAAUUCAAAUGGAAAAGGGGGAUUCAACCAGCUGAAGAAACCAAAUCCAACACCGGGUUCUUCCAACAGCAUUAACAAUCUCCUCUUGCCAGGUUCUUCCAAUAGCAUUAACAAUCUUCUCUUGCCACGGGGAACGGAUGAUCAUUCAAUCAUGAAAGAGAAGCAUUUUAUUGAACGUACACUUCCGAACUAUUUAUUUCCUGCGCAGAAUCACAUGAAAGAAAAUGCUACCGUACAUUUAUCGGGAAGAAUAGGGGCUGCAGAUUUACAAGACCAUAGAAAAGAAGGCUACUUUACAAAUUCUGAUAGGAGAUGCAGCCGCUUUGACUGUUUGGUGGAUUCGGACAUAAAUCCGAUGAACAUGUCUUCCAGUGGAUUCGGACGAUAUGACCAGUUUCGAAACCUAAAGGAAAAAGACAUGAGCCAUGCAACCAAAACUGCAGAGAAGAUGUUGCUGAAUAGUGCCACUCAAACAAUGAGGUUGAUGGGAAAAGAUGUUACAAUUUGUCAAAGUAACGAUGAGAGACAAGGAUUUGCAGAUUCUCCUAAAAGUACUGCUCUUCAGAGUUCCUGUGUUAAUAAACAUUUUCAGCAAGAAUGGCUUCAGGAUUCAGCAUCAGGAAUGCGUAACGAAGUGCCUGUUCGACAAUUUGAAAUAACGAGAAAGCAGGCCUUUCCCAGCAAUGUACUCAUGAAGCCUCUUGAAUCUAAUUUCUUUCAACCAAGCCUCAACUGGCAAGCAAAUCCGGAAUUCCGAAAUAGCAGCAGCAUUGCAAUUGCUCAAGAUCCUAGUCCAAGCUCACACCAUUUUGCUCAUCCCACACACAUCCCAUGCUAUAUUUGACAAUGGAGCUGACUUCCAUGAGCCUUUCUUAUCAAGAACAGAAGCAUUAAGAGUUACCUCGCGACAACCUGCAGUAUCGGCUUCACAC